AUGGCGACGCUGCCCGCGCUGGAGCUCCACGACCCGCAGCUGGCGCCAAAGCUCUUGGCCGCCAUCGCGGACGACGGGCCAGGUUUCUUCUACCUGAAGUUCCCUUCCGUGGACGCCUUGGACUUGGCCGAGCGGACGCUGGAGCUCUCGCGGCGCUUCUUCCAAUUGCCCAGCUGCGACAAGGAGCCCGGUGCCGCGCCGGUGUGCAUCCCCUCCACCGGCCCCGGCUACCGCGGCGUCAGCGGCGACUGCAACUUCGCCGGCGACCGCCGCGAGUCCUUCAACCUGGGCCGCGCCGGUGGAAGUUCGGCCAGUCCGGAGGGUGCCAUUCGGUGCGGUAUGGGUGAGAACCUCUGGCCCGAGAUGGGUGGAUGGUGUGAAGACUUUAGGAGGAGCAGCGAGGCCUACUUCGAGCUUUGCUUCGCCACGGCGACCGCGCUGCGCCGGGCACUGGCCCGGCCCGAGUGCCUGGGGCCAUAUCUCAGCGCCGGUGCGGCGGAGGAGGCCUUUGAGCGUUCGACGAGCUUGCUUGGCUUCACCCACUACAACUACGAAGACUUCAGACCCGAGAGCGGCUACGCCGCGCCCGGCGAUGGCGCGCUGGAAGAAACGCAGGUCUUUGGGAUCCGCCCACAUCAGGACGAUGGCCUGUGCACCUUGUUGUACACAGACGGCCAGCCGGGCCUCGAGUACGCCAAGGGCCGCACCGACUCCGCAAGGUCCCGUACAACGACGGAACCGCUGUUCUCGGGGGAGUUCUGCCGCACGGACGCGCAGUUCUCGGAGGAGAUUUUGUGGGAACCCGCAGCUCGGCGAUGGGGCGGGGGCCGCGUGGGGGUUCCCUUCCUGCCGGGCUACUGGAUUGUCAACCUGGGCACGGAUCUCUACCGCUGGGCCCAGCAGAGCUCUUUGGCAGCUCCGGGACGUGUGAGGAAGUGCAAGGCUACACUCCACCGCGUGGUGCCGCGCGCGAGGACCAAAGAGCGCUACUCCAUGCCCUUCUUCUACGAGCCCAACCUGGACGCACAGGACCCCUGCGAGCCCUUCAAGAAGAGGUAUCAGUACUUGAUUGCAGAUGCCGACCAGUCGCACCCGACAGCCGAACGACCUUUGGGCCUCUUGGCGUGUGUGAUGAGCUCGGCGGUCGGGCGCGUGAGGGACGAGGACCAGAUGGAUCCAGUCGACCGGGCCCAGGUGAUUGUGGACAAGAAGGUCUAUGACAUCACCAACUGGCAUGCUUUUCAUCCUGGCGGGUCAUCCCUCCUCUUGAAAUACGGCGGCAAAGAUGCCACCGAAGCCAGUCAUGAUGCGCAUAGCCUUCUAAAGAAGCCCAUGAGCAUCAUGCCCCGGUACUUCAUCGGCAUGCUGGGCAGUGAAGAGGAGGUGAAGGCCGAGGAGGAACGACAAGUUCGAGAACUCUUGGUGGCCUCCGCGAAGAAGGCGAAGGACGCCGGCGCGAUCUCGACUUCGCCGGUGAAGGUGCCAAAGACCGCGGUGGAGAGCCCGGUGGUAGAGGCGAAGGCACCCACCCCAGCGGACGUUGCAUCGGUUCCACAGCCGAAGGCGAAGAGGGACUCCAACUAUGCCAAGGCGACCUAUACCUUGCUCUUGGAGCGCAUGGCCGCAGACCGUCAGGCGGUGGAGUCGAUGAUCUCGCGGGUGAAAGCCUCCGCGGGGAAGACCGCCGCACGGGUCACCGGCCGAGGAGCUGCCAGAGGUGUCUCCACGACUGAAGCACCAGAGCUGGGUGGCAAAGAUGAGAAGGAGGGAUCACAAGAAGAAAAGAUCAUCGUCAGGACGACGGAACCAACAGCAGCAGAGAAGGCGGAGAUCGUCGCCCGAGCAGCUGCUGAAAAAGCGGCCCGUGAACGAGCAGCUGCUGAGAAGAAUGCACAGCUAGCCGGAAUGUCUGCCGCUGAUAGAGCUGCUGCUGAAAAAGCAGCCGUUGAUCGCGUAGUAGCCGACAAGAAGGCUGCAGCUGAAAAAGCAGAAGCUGAGAAGAAAGCAGCCGCUGAGAAAGCAGAAGCUGAGAAGAAGGCGGCUGCGCAAAAAGCAGAAGCUGAGAAGAAAGCUGCCGCUCAAAAAGCGGAAGCCGAAAAGAAAGCAGCUGCUGAGAAAGCAGAAACUGAGAAGAAGGCUGCCGCUCAAAAAGCGGAAGCCGAAAAGAAAGCAGCUGCUGAGAAAGCAGAAACUGAGAAGAAGGCUGCCACUCAAAAAGCGGAAGCCGAAAAGAAAGCAGCUGCUGAGAAAGCAGAAGCUGAAAAGAAGGCGGCUGCUGAGAAAGCAGAAGCUGAGAAGGCAGCUGCUGAAAAGGCCGCGGCCGAAAAGAAAGCGGCAGAAAAGGCUGCGGCCGAAAAGAAAGCGGCAGAAGAGAAGCAGAAGGCCGCGAACAAAGCGGCGCUGCAGAAAGCUGCUGCUGAAAAGGCCUUGGCUGAGAAAGCAGUUGCUGAAAAGGCAUUAGCUGAAAUGAAGGCCGCCAAGGAGGAGGCCGAACGCGCUGCGGCCGAGAUGAAGGUCCGGCAAACCUGA